AUGGCUAUCCUGACAGUGGAGCAGAAAGCGACUGCAUUGCGCAUGGCCGCGAAGCAGGUGUCGGCGAGAUCCGGACGAAGCUAUCAGGGCUACGGAGGACUUCUCAGAAUUCGGCGGCUGCUCACUCGUGCUGCCGUUGGGCUUGUGCUGCUCCUGGUCUUCGUGCGCGAGCUGCGAGACAGACAUGAUAAAGCAAUUCGAGAAUAUCCCAUCGACUUCCAGGCCACUGCUCUGGACAUCCGGUCAACAGUAGUGCCCCCUCAGCGCCCAGUUCGCUGGUUCAACGGCACGCACAUCGACGAACGCUACCGGAUCCUACGACAUCUCAAGGCCGGCGCUCAGGGCCUGGUCUACUUGUGCUCGGACAAUGCCAAUGAUGCCUCCGACCAAGUGAUUGUCAAGACCAUCAGUGCCAACGCUCGAAACCCGCUUCCAUCACACCUGCAGCCCUCUUUCGACGAGUUCACUCGCAGCUGGCCUUCAGAGAUUGAAGCCAGCCUCACGCUUGGUGGGCACAAUACUGCUGACCACUCAGCGUUUGUCCCUGUCCUCGACUACUUCGUGUUACGCAAUGCUGGAAGUUCCCCGGAAGACUGGCAAUGGACCAUGGUGACACCUUUUGUCUCUGGGGGCACGCUGGUGGAAUUCUCUCACCGCCUGCAGCGCGUCGGAAAAUCUACAGAGCAGCUCGAUAACAAAUAUCGUCCUUCCUUGGCUAGGGUGGUGACAGACCUGCGUACUCUUCAUGCCCAAGGCUAUUGUCAUGACGACGUCAAACCGCAGAAUCUGUUCGUUCAAGGCCCAGACGACUGGCUUCUCGGUGAUCUGGGAAACACCCGGGAGGUGACUCACGGCUGGCACGACACACACCUGUGGCAUCGGCGCAACCAGUGGUCAGAUUGUCAACUCAAUGAUAUUCGAAACGCGCUCAAGAGCUAUCUCGGUUUUCUCCGCGACGCGAUUCCAUCACACGAUCGUGGUGCAUUUGACUACGAAUUCCUACACGCCGCCAAUCCCUGGAGUCGACUGUACUGGGAGUUUGUCAACGAGCCAACGGCGUCGCACGACGUAGCUCUGCGAGACGGAGACGUCGGAGCGCUAUCUGAUCUCGGACGUUCCCACAGCAGAAUGUUCAUUGGAGAUUGGGCACGAAAAAUCGCCGUCGACCAUGAAUUGCUCUGCACUGCACUGUGGUACAAGCUGUGGUUCACGUUCUGA